AUGACAUCCAAAUAUGAAGCCAUGAGAAUUAAGAAACAUUUCACAACAAGUACCAAUUUAUUAAUUCGUGAAUUGAAUACUCCACAUUUUGUGGGUAGUUUUUCAAAUUCAACUGAACUGAAAACGAUUCGUAAAUCACCUCUCUCAUUUCUUCCUUUUGAUUUUCUCUCUCAACUCUUUACUCGUCAUGAAUACAUGUUAGUGAAAUCAGCCAUAUUGGUAUUCAUUACAGCUAGUUUGGAUCAUCCAACAAGUGCUACCACGACCACUGCUACUGCUGCUGCUUCUACUAAAAACAACAACUCAUAA